GUUUUGACCACUCUGGUUAAGUCUCGGCUUCUCCCCCAGACAAAGAGAGAGAAUGAUAGAGAAGAGAGAGACAAGAGGCGAAGGGGGUAGAGAGAGAAGAAGAAAGAGAAGGGGUAGAGAAUUGCUAAGCUCAACACAAAACCUGCGGUGGUUGCAGUAAGAUAGAGAAGUGAGAAAGGAAGGCGACGAGAGUAAGCGAGAGACAGCUGGAGAAGAUUUUCCGUGCAAUUGAGCGUUGAUUUUUUGGUUUCUCUGAGAUUGUGUUGUUGUUUGUGGGGGGAUUCGUUGCUCCGAUCGGAAGGUGGAGACAUUGAAAGGCCGGAGAUGGUGGAUUAGUGUGGAAAUUUCAGCUGAUUUUCAAGAGAUCUGAGCCUGUGGAAGUCAUCGAGUUUCGUUUAUGGCGUCUUCUGAGAUUUCGAUGAAAGGUAACAGUGGGAACGUCAGAGUAGAGAGCUUUUCUUCUGCUUACAGCGAGUCUAACGACGGUAGGAAAGCUAUGGAUGGUCAGAAAGGAGCUGUUGCUCAUUCCAGUGCUCCCAUGGACGCUGAGGCUGCGCUGUACAAGGAGCUAUGGCAUGCCUGUGCUGGUCCUUUGGUGACGGUUCCUCGUAAAGGACAGCUUGUUUUCUACUUCCCUCAGGGACACAUCGAGCAGGUCGAGGCGUCCACCAACCAGGGGGCAGACCAGCAGAUGCCACUGUAUAAUCUUCCGUCAAAGAUCCUAUGUCGUGUGCUUAAUGUUGAGCUUAAGGCCGAACCAGACACUGAUGAGGUGUUUGCACAAUUGACCUUGUUGCCAGAGGCUAGUCAAGAUGAGAAUGCAGUGAAGAAGGAGUCACCACUGCCUCCUCCUCCGAGAUUUCAUGUACACUCGUUUUGCAAGACCCUGACUGCAUCCGAUACAAGCACUCAUGGUGGAUUUUCAGUGCUUAGGAGGCAUGCUGAUGAGUGUCUGCCACCACUGGAUAUGUCGAGACAACCUCCCACCCAGGAGUUGGUUGCCAAAGAUCUACAUGGCAUUGAAUGGCGUUUCCGUCAUAUUUUUCGAGGUCAACCUCGUAGGCAUUUGCUUCAAAGUGGAUGGAGUGUUUUUGUUAGCUCUAAAAGACUGGUUGCUGGUGAUGCCUUCAUAUUUCUAAGAGGCGAAAAUGGGGAGCUCCGUGUUGGUGUCAGGCGCGCAAUGAGACAGCAAGGAAAUGUCCCCUCCUCUGUGAUCUCCAGUCACAGCAUGCAUUUGGGCGUUCUAGCCACAGCCUGGCAUGCAAUUUCUACUGGAACCUUGUUCACUGUGUAUUAUAAACCAAGGACAAGUCCAGCAGAGUUCAUUGUCCCAUUCGAUCAGUACAUGGACUCAGUAAAAAACAACUAUUCCAUCGGCAUGAGGUUUAAAAUGAGGUUUGAAGGAGAAGAAGCUCCAGAGCAGAGAUUUACCGGGACAAUAGUUGGGAUUGAAGAUGCUGACCCAAAUAGGUGGCAAGAGUCGAAAUGGAGAUGCCUGAAAGUGAGAUGGGAUGAGACUUCGACCAUACCUCGUCCUGAACGAGUUUCUCCCUGGCAAAUAGAACCUGCUUUGGCCCCUCCUGCUCUGAGUCAACUCCCAAUGCCGAGGCCAAAAAGACCCCGAACAAAUAUUGUCCCCUCAUCACCUGAUUCUUGUGUGCUCUCUAGAGAAGUUUCAUCCAAAGUAACUGCAGACCCUGCUCUGCCAGCUGGUGGAUAUGCGAGGGUCUUGCAAGGUCAAGAAUUCGUGACCUCGAGAGGCAAUUUCACUACCGAGAGCAACGAGUCGGAAACAGCUGAAAAGUCUGUUAUGUGGCCACUUUCUGUGGAUGAUGGAAAGGUUGAUAUGGUUUCUACUGGUAGAAGAACUGGACAAGAGAGCUGGAUGCCCUCUGCUAGGCUUGAGCCAACUUACACAGAUUUGCUGUCUGGCUUUGCUGGAAAUGCUGCUGAUUCUUCCCAACAUGGUUAUUCUUCUUCAACCUUCGCUGACCGAAGUUCUGUUCCUGUGAGGAAGCAUGCAAUUAUAGAUCAGGAUGGGAAAUUCAACUUGGUUGGUGAUUCAUGGUCCUUGAUGUCAUCGAGCCUUUCACUCAAGAUGUCGGAUACCAACACGAAAGCUUCAGGACAAGGUAGUGAUUAUUUAGGUCAUCAUCCAGUGCGGUCAAACCUUAGAUACAGUGCAUUUAGUGAGUAUGCUAGGGGGGCUGACCAGUCACAUCUGAACUGGUUGAUGCCUCCGCCAUCAUCAUCUCAGUUUGAGCAUCAUCAUCCCCAAUCAAGAGAAAUGAUAUCAAAGAAUAUUCUGGCACCAGAGCCUGGGAAGUCCACUGAUGGGAACUGCAAGCUGUUUGGCAUUCCUCUCAUUGGUAACUCUUUGGUUCCCGAGGCAGCCAUUUCGCCUAAUAAGAAAGUUAUGAAUGACUCGGUCUGCCAUACUAAAGGAAAUGAGGCUAGUCAACAUCAUCAUCCACUUGACACUGAUCAGCCGGAAUCAAGGAGUUGCAAAAUAACUAAUGACAGCGAGCACGAGAAACGAUUACAACAGGGCCAUUCACGAGACAAUCUUGGGAAGUCGCAAAGUGGUUCAACUAGGAGUUGUACCAAGGUUCACAAGCAGGGGAUUGCCUUGGGGAGAUCAGUUGAUCUGAGCAAGUUCAGCAACUAUGAAGAACUGAUAUCUGAAUUGGACCGCUUGUUUGAAUUUGGUGGUGAACUGGAUGACCCGAAGCAGAAUUGGAUGAUUGUGUACACUGAUGACGAGGGAGACAUGAUGCUUGUUGGAGAUGACCCUUGGCAGGAAUUUGUUGGGAUGGUCCGUAAGAUUUUCAUCUACACCAGGGAAGAAGUACAGAAGAUGAAUCCAGGGAGCUUGAAUCCGAAGUGCAGCAAUAAUUCUGAUGGAGAAGGCGGCGGGGAGAUGAAGCAGUCGGGUGGAUGCGCCUUGCCGUCUGGCUCGGACAACUGCUAGAAAGCAGAGUUGCUUCAGUCGAUAGGUGGGUUUUGGGAUCACAAAUGCAUUAUGCGAGGCAGUAGGUGCGGAGCUAAAAUGAAUCAUGACGUUUUGUUUUGGUGUUGUGAUUGCAGAUUUUGGGGCUGCUUAUUAUGAAUAGUAUUGAUGGAUGGUGUUAGUUGGUGGAGGAGCAUUUUGAGAAGGGAAGGCAGGUAGCAGUGGGUAAUUAGAUGGAGCAGUAUAAAAUCCAGUUUUGGACGAUUUCUGGAGUUUAGUAUCCAAUGGUCUCUCUCUCUCUCUCUCUCUAAGAUAGUAGGGUAAGGAAAAGCAAGCAAAAAAGGAGGAAAAUGAAUGAUGUGUAAGUGUAAUGGCUUCCCUCUCCCCCGCCCGCUGCUAUAGGGUUGAUUGAAGCAGUGAUGAUUAGUAAGUAGCAUUGCAGUUUUCAUCUAUCCUUGCUGUAAAUAGAGGAUUGGUUUUCUUAGUCCCUUGCCUCCCCUGCCUGGAAUGGAUGUAAAGCUUUUCUAAAAAGUAAGUGUAUUCAUGGGUGUAGUAGUGGGCUUUAUUAAGUAAAGCCUCUUACAUCGUGGCAGCUUUUAAAAAAAGAUUUGUUAUAUAAAAUUGGCCUUUACAUCCCUUUGCCCAUAUGGGACUCUGUGUGAGGAGGACGAGGGUGAUAUGCGUCCCCAAUUGUGGAGGGCGUGGGGGAGUGUGCGGUUGGUGGGGAAGGGAAGGGAAGGGAUGGUCCCCUACAAGUACAACUAGUCAGAGUCUGAUAUGAAGGGCGGGGCAGAGCAUGUGCGAAUGCUGAGCGGCGGCUCCCAAUCUGGUGUGGGGCGUGACGCGUGUGAAUAUUGAUGGGUGGUGGGGUUGUUAGGAGAAGAGGGAAGGGGAUCGAACUGUCAGCAAAACCCACCCACAAAAGAUAGAAGAUAAGGGUUUUCUUUGUUUGUUGCUGCUGCCUCCUCGACCAAGCUGGUUACAUGUAUAAUAUGCCUUUUUAUUACGACGUUUUAUCAAACAUGUCUCUCUACUAUAUUUUACAUCAAAUAUGUCCUCAUACUUUGAAAAAAUUAUCAAAC